AUGAUCAGACCCGAAUGCGCAAACUGCGCUCCCGGAGAUGGGCAGACGCGCUCAGUCAACAGCGGCGUUGUGCUGGGCGUUUUGGGCGGGAUGGCGCUGAUCGCUCUGCUCGUGGUCGUUGUCGUUCCCGUUGCGCGGCGCCAAGGGCGGAGGCGCAGGCGUAUGGGCGGCCGGGAGGACGUGGAGAGUGGAAUACUUCCUUCUCGGCGAUCAUCUUCCCGUCAUCAAAAGAUGCAGCAGCUCGAGAUCCCAGCCGGUCCGGACGUGCUCCUGCCCCUCAUCGAUCCAGUGUCGACCAUAAGCUGGUCAGAUCUCCGCUCGAAGAACACAAGCGUUGAUUCACUUCAAGAGGCCGGCCUAUACUCCUUCCGCACCGACGCCGCCACCACCUCGCACCCCGGCCUCGACGACCCGGACAUGGACCGCGGCGACACGGGACGGCAACAGGAGGUCGACGACGCCCAAAUGUCAGCGGGGGCGUUGAAACUCAGUCCGACGCCCCCGGGGCUCCCGUCCAAGAUUGGCGCCAGCACAGCUCCUGGAGGAGGGUCGUACUCAUCUAUGCCCGCAACCAGCUCGGACGCUGCCCUCCAUGUUGGCAUGUACCCCCUCAGCCCCGUCUCGCCCGUCUUCACCAUGUCCAGGGGUGCGAGCCGUUCCCGGCCGGGCACCGCGCGCACAGGCAUGGAGCCCCUCAUCGAGGAUGGCACCCCCAGCGCCGGUCCGCCCCCAUUGCGGCAACUACCAUCGCCGCCGUCCUCGCCUGAUCAAUACGAACCAAACUUCCGCGGCAGCACAACCAGACGACGCCCGAGCACCAGCCUCCUCUCAGGCACGCAGUCCGCGCACGCGUCCACGAGCACGCACCGAUACCCCUCCCUGGCCGUCCCUGCGUCCCGCUCGCGUGCGAGCUCCGUCUCGCUCGCACCGAUACCCGACCUGUCGCCCACGGAGCGUCCGACCGACGCUGCCCGCCGCAUGAGCAUGAGCACGACCGAGCUGCGCCACCGCCACCCCUCAUCUGCCGCAGCCACCCAGGGCAGUCACUCCGCGUCGCACGGGACUGUGACGCGAUCCGGCACGCCCAGCCACGGCGCGACGCAUGCGGGCAUCCAGCCACGCAUCCCAGAGUACGGCGAGGCGGGCCCGUCGACGUGGCAGCGCCGGAGGAGCAUGCAGCUCGAGCGUAGCCCGCCGCCGUUCACGGGCUCGCCGUCCCCGCUCUCGCCCCCGCCCUCCGCGCGCCCCAUCCGGCCGCUCCCCGUCCCCGGCGCGCCCGCCGGCGCACGGCCACACUCUCAGUCUCAGUCACACACCCAGCACGAAGCCCAGUCGCACCAGCACCUCCCGCCGAUCGUCAGGAAGCGCGACAGCCCCGCGCUCCGGCCGCUCCCCGCGUCGCCGUUCGUGCAGGCGGGCGCGGUCAGCCGGCAAUCGAGCCUCAGCGCGGGCACGCGCACACGGUCGAGCAGCGUGAUGAGCGAGCGGUCCAUGCCUCGCCAGCUUCCCCCACUCGCCCCGCUGCCCCCGCUCGAGUUUGGUGCGGAGUUUGUGCCGGACGGGGAUGCGAGGAGCGUGCGAUCGCGGGGGAAGUAA